AUGGCGUCGUUGCGUUAGUGAUUUGCGUGACAAGCAUUUAAUUCGCGUUGAAAUAAUUCCGCGAUUUCCGCCGUUUCAACGUUUCGAAGCCGUCAAGACGCCGCGACCCGGUGAUUACAUUGCUGUGAGUUCUGUUUUGCGUUAUUUAAUUUAAUUCGUAGGUAAGUGUUACAAUAAUUCAGGUAUUAAUUUGAUUGAUUCGGUAACGCCUAAAAAAUAGUCUACGCGGCAACAUAAAAUACAUUUGGCGAAUAAAAUUCUUAAAAUUAACGCCCACAAUAUUAUUGUUCUUUUAGCGCGUUUAAUAUUUGGGGAGUUUUCUAAUUUGUAUUUUUAAACAAAUCCACGGUGAUCAUUUAUAAUAAUAGCUACUACGAGUAGAUUGUGCUAUUGCCGUUCACUGUUUCUGCUUUUUUUUUUUUAUUUUCAUAGUUCGGUUUUCUCUUUAUUGUGACAACAUUUUCAAUUUAGUUGCCAAUAUAAAAUGUUUAUUAGUAUUUUGUGAAACCUUGGUAGGUAGUAUCUAUUUCAUUUUACCUGUUAUACCUCCAGCACAGCUAAUGCCACCUAACAAUUAUUCUCCUUGUAUGCAGGAACGUAUUUAACUUGUUUUGUUGUCCAUUGGAAUAAUAAAUAAUUAUUACUAUGUACUGUUUUUAAGGCUGGGACACUUCAAGUCCGGCUUCCCGUAUUCCCAUACUCAGCUUUAUUGUUGGUUGGUAUAGUGGUGUAAUAAUUCAACUACUUAUGCAUUAUAUUAUUACAAGUAAACAUUAUAAGACAUUUAAAUCCACAAUUCUAUUACUAAUUUAUUAUUAAUCUCCCAAAUGUAAUAUUAUCAUUAAUACCUAAUAUGUAUAUACCUAAUACCCAUAUAAUGUAUUAUAAUUUACCUACUGUUAUCUGUUGUAGAUUUUAUAAAAAUCGCUCACUCUCAAAAACCUCGAACAAUUUUUUUGAAUACAAUGGAUCAAGGCAAAAAGUAGGUAUUCUUAGGUUAAACGGAUUGGUGACUGUGUUUAUUUUAGUCAAUUUAGAUUUUAGAACUAAAAAAAAUAUAUACAAACUAGGUAAAUGAAACUAUAGGAAAUGUGUUUGAGGCAUUUAAAUUUAAAAAAAUGGAUUAUGAUGCUUUAGGUUCUUAACUAAAAUUUGUUGAAAACAACAAUCCUUUUAAUUAUUUUUUAUAAUAGAUUGUAAAAAAAAUUAGAUUGUAUUUUUGAAAAAUAUUCAAAAUUGAACUUGAGUAUUUUUAAUUUUACUUAAUAUAAUGAAAAUAGUUCCAAUAUAUCAUUGUGAACUUAACAAACCUAGCAAACUGAACAUAUCGUAAAACAUUAAAAUUUGUCAAAACAAACAGCUGGCUUUUCAAUAAUCCAUUAAUAAAACAGUAAAUAACAAAAUGUAUUUAUUUACAAUUGUAUUUAAAUAAUAUAAUGUAAUAGUAAAAUCUAAUAAAAUCAAUCCAUUUAUUGAAUUACAAAUCAUUGUUGUUGACUCUUUAAUACAUUAUUACCUACUGACAUAAUUAUUGGUAUUGGUAUUUUUUUAAUAUUGUUCAGGAAAAGCAAACAAAUUAAUUCAUUGAAAUAUUAAACUUAAGUAGUAGAUAAUUUAUUAGUAUAAUUCAAAUUUUUUUUGUGUUAAUAUCAAUCAAACUAAUACGCCAUUAUAACCAAUAUUGCUACGUGUACAAUUUUUUUUUAUCCAUAAAUAAAGUAAAUAAAUGUGAUAGGUUAUUUAUUAUCCAUUUAAUGGUUUUGAUAAAUGUAUUGUUCACUUCAGUUUUAUAUUUUUUUGUUUUCUUAGAUAUUAAUUCAAUUUUAAAUUUUCUUUUAGUGACAACCUUCUUGUUUGAUAUAGUUGGAUAUUUUUUCUGAAAAUGUUUAAUACAUUGUACACAGUCUAUUAAACUUGACUUUUUGCCAUCUUGUAACUUUAUUAUAAUUUGUUUGCUACCCAUUAAUCAUAUAAUUUAUAAAAUACUAUUACUAUUAUAAUUAAUUACUAAUAAAAACAAUAAUUGAGUAGGUAUAUACAAACAAUUCCAUUUGAUGAUUUAUUCACCUAUUAAUAGUACCUACUCAGAUAUUUUUAUUAGUCAAAUAUUUAGUUACAGUUUUUAUAAGUAUUGAAGUUAUAGUAAUAUAAAAAAAUACCUAUUUAUUAUUUGAAUCAUGUAUUAGGUAACUCUUAUAAUUAUGACAAAAAAGAUAGAGAUGAUUACAAUGUGUUUCAGUUAUGUUCAGUAUGUAUAUUAUAUCCUCUACACUAGACCUAUUUUGUAAUUCUUUAUUACUAUUGGUUAUGCUAUUGUUAGCUAAUAAUACAUGGAAAACUAUAAUAAUUGUGAAAUGAAGAAAUAUUUGAGUGGGAUCUGAGUAUAAAAAAAAUUAUCCAUUUUGUUAUGAUUUUAAUAUAGUCAUGUAGAUUAUAUUAAUUAGUUAAGUGUAAAUGAUGGACGAUGAUGAAAUGUAAACUAUUGAAAUAUAACAAAGUUAAACUUUACACAUUUAGUAUACUAGGAAGAUAAUAUAACAAAAAGGUAUAAAUAUAAAUAUCUCAGUAGAUAAAUCGUUCUUAAACUGAUUUAAUGUAAGAUGGAAAACAUCAAAUUCUCUUGUUAAUUUAUUUACUUCAUUAGAUAUUUUGUUUACAAUACAUAUUUUAAUUCUGUUGAAACAUGUAUGAAACAUAGAAGUCUUGUGAUUCUCUUGGGUACACAAAAUUUAAAAUCUUCAAUAUUGUAGGGGGUAUUAAUCAAUCCAUUGAACCUCGUAGAAAAAUGGUAGUAAAGGUCAAUUAUGGUCACUUAUGUAAAGGUUACAACUAGCUUCUGUUAUGGAUAAUAAGGUGGUAUUUGACUUGACUGCUGUUUAGUUUAAUUCUUUCUUUAGUAUGUCUUUCAAUUCCUAAUAUUUGACUUUAUUUAUCAUAUAACCAGACAACCUGUAUGUUCUUUAAAAUAUAGUUUGCUAUCUAAAAUGAUUUCAAGAUCUUUUAUCAAGUGAGUAUCCAUAAUUGAUGCAUCUUUCACAUUGUAAUUUAUUGGAAUUAAUGUAUUGUCUUUUUUUUGAGGUGUAAUUAUUUUGUAUUUUGCUGGAUUUACCUUCAUGUCAUAUUAAUAUUUAUUAAGCCAUUAAAAUAUAUUACAGGCUUGAAAAUAGUAAAUUUAUAAUUGAUAUUAGUUUAUAGCUCUGAUAUAAUGGUUUUGAAUUUAAGUGGAAUUAUUUAUAAAAGUUAAUCUGAAGAACUCUGUAAAUAGAUCUGAUACACUAGAUAGUUGACUAUAUUUAUUUUAUAGAUUUUUUGUGUUUAUUAUAUUAUUUUUUUUAACAACUUAUGUAUUUUAUUAUUUUUUAGAGACACGUGUCAACCACAUUAUCUGUCUAAUUUGAAGAUUCCAAAAGGUGUAACUAUAACACCAGUUGUCCAAGAUGAAGAUAAAAAGAUAAUUUCUUUACUAAAAAAAUUACCUAAUAUAACAUUCACUUGUUAUAAUCCCAAACCAGUUUUUAAAGUACCUGAACCUCCAAAACCUAUUAAAAAAAAUGUUAGAAAUGGUUCGGUAAAGAGUCAGAAUAAUAGUAUAAGCAAUAUAAAUCAAGUUUUAAAUGUUAAUGGUAAAAAUCUGAAGAGAAAUUCAAAUCAUCAAGACAUUUCUGAAAACUACAUAGGAAAAGAGAAUAAUCAGACAAUUAUCAAUAACUAUAAAGAAAAAUGUUUUUAUAGUCUUUAUAAUACUAAAAAACCAAACAAAUCAGAAACAUUACUUCACACAAAACCAGUAGACAAUAUUCCUAAGGCAAUUCAAAUUAUAGAUUUGAGUGAGGACAAUACUGAUUCUAGAUAUAAUAGUCUUUCCGUGGAUGUUGGUCAAUCUGAAUACAGUAACGCUAAUUUAAAAAAUAACCAAAAUAACAAAGUGGAUUACAGUAUGGGGAUAGACAUGUCUAUUGAACUAAACGAGAAUUUGUUGUUGCAGGAAAUUGGUAAUUUUUGUGAUAAUCUAGUCAAACAAAAUUCUGAAGUAGCUGACUCUUCAAAACCUACUAAAAAAAAUGAUGAACAAACCUUGAAACGCAAAUAUAAUGCUACCAUAUCAAUGAUAAAUAAUGCUGAUAAAACAGUUAAAAAUAAUUCAGAGAAUGCUUCUGAAAAAUACACAAGAAAAAAGAAUAAUGAACAAAUUAGUUUUUCUAAUGCCAAAAAAGUCAAAAAAUCUGAAACUUUUUCUAAGAAUAAAUUGAUAAAAUUAAAAACUGUAACACCAGCAAGGAAAGUAAAUAAUUUGGCUAUUGAUGAAGAUUAUACACUUAUGGAUAUAUCAACCAUGGGUAAAGUCAGUAUUAUUCCUUCACCUCCACCUUUAGAUUUGAUUAACUUAACUGAUCCUGGACAUGAUGGUUUUUCCGCGGGCCUUGAUGAAUGUGAAAACAGUAAUGUGCAUUUAAGAAAUAAAGAGGAUCGCAUGGUGGAAGACACAUAUAAUGUACAGAACGAUAAGCAAUUAUUACAGAAAAUGACAAGUCUAUUUUGUGAAAACUUGGUCGAAAAAAAAUCUGACGCAGAAAAUGUUUUGUUGAUUAAUGACUUUUAAGUGUAAUAUUAUGUGUAAAUAUUAUAUUAAUAUUAAUAUUAACACUAUAGGUGUAUAAAUAGUGAUCAUUUA